AUGGGGAGGGAGUUGGAGAUUGAGAAAGAUGAAGAGGCGGUCAGUUUGGCGACCUUUCAACAGCCGAAGAUGCCUUACCAGGCUGUCUUGAAGGGAAACUGGCUGGGCAUGGCGAAGUUCUACGAGAAAUAUCCCAGCCACCUCUUUGAUUAUCUGACGGUGGACAGGGACACUGCAUUUCAUAUCGCAGCAUAUAGUGAAUUCACAGAACUGCUUACACGUCUACUUAGUCUCGUACCGAACGACAGGGUAUUCGAAACCUUGUCGAAGAAGAACAUUCACGGUAACACUAUUCUUCACGAGGUAGCCGCCACCGACAAAGUUGAAUCAGCAAAGAUCUUGAUUCGUAAACUCCAUGGGAUUUAUGGGCUUGACAAAGUCAGUGGAAACAAUAUGGCCCAUCUCAGAGAGCUGCUCGAGUGUCGCAACCAACUUGGGGAAACCCCGCUGUAUAGGGCUGUUGCCCUUGGCCAUUUCAAAAUGGCCAAAUUUUUGGCUGCAUAUGUCGAGGAAAAUAUACGUGAUCACUUCCACAGGAAUGACAACAUGUCCAUUCUCCAUAUUGCUGUCAUCGGCCAACACUUCGAAACCGCCGCUUGGUUACUAAGAAAGGACAAGGCACUUGGACCAAAAAAGGGAGCAUAUGACACGACAUGUCUUCACCUGCUAGCGAAAAUGCCAUCUGCUUUCAGGAGUUCAUGUCGCAUGGGAAAAAUGGAGACUCUGCUUUAUAAGUGGCUUCCUUCCCAUUAUCAUUAUGACGACGACAACGAUGAUGACGAUGAAACUGAUCUAACACUAUCAAGUCAACUUAUGGAAGAUUUGGAGAACGGCCAAGACAAUUUUAAAGCACAAGAAAAGACGAUUUUCUUGGGGAGAGCAGACUCUUUGGCCAGCGAUGAUGUUGUUGGCGGGGUAGAAGAAGGCAAAGGAGGCGAAGGAUCAGAAAAAGGGGAGCAAUCAUCCAUCAAAGGAGGAGGGGAGGAAGAACGAUGUGAGAGAAAUCGGGAACCUUACACCCCAUUGCUUAUUGCGGCAAGCAAAGGAAUACAAGAAAUAUUUGAUGAGAUACUUGAAGUGCAUCCUCAAGCAAUUGAGCACGUUAGUCAGGAUGAGGAAAACAUAUUGCAUGUGGCCAUUGGCCACCGUCAAAGGGAAAUCUUUCGUCGUGUAAAGAAUAUGAAAAUAAUAAUGGACCGUAGGUUGGUUUCAAGGAUCGAUAAGAGAGGCUACACUAUUUUGCAUCACGUCGCAGACAUGAAGGACUAUGAUGGAGGAACCAGAGCUGGUCCUGCACUCCAAUUGCAAGAGGAGUUGAAAUGGCUUAAGCGUGUGCAAAAGAUAAUUCCCGAUCAUUAUGUCAUUCACCGCAACAAUGACAAUAAGACUGCAGAUGAGCUCUUCAAAUUGAAUCACGCUGACCUUCUCAAGAGGGCCCAAAGGUGGACAAAGGAGACCUCGCAGUCGUGCUCUGCGGUCUCCGUUCUCGUUGCCACUGUUGUUUUUGCGGCUGCCUACACUGUCCCGGGAGGCAACGAUGACAGUGGCCAACCACAUUUCCUUAACAGUCCAUUCUUCUUGUUCUUCACCGUCAUGGACGUGGUCUCCCUUGCGAGCUCCUUGACUUCCGUCGUAACGUUCCUCUUGAUUCUCUCGUCUCCUUUUGAGCUUGAAGAUUUCCACAGAUCUCUCCCUUCGAAGCUGAUGAUCGGCUUCUCCUUACUCUUCUUCUCCGUGACAGCCACCAUGCUUUCUUUCACGGCGACUAUUCUGCUCAUCAUUCGCCUGGAGAAGAGAAGAUGGACGUCGAGUCUGAUUUACACUGCUGCAUUCCUUCCCGUUGCUGUGUUUGCGCUUAUGCAGUUCCCCUUGUACAUUGCAUUCACCAGAGGUGUGCAUUCCCUUUUGAAGAAAAUAUUGAAGAGGGUUCCUAUCCUGAAACUCCUUCCUCAUUUCUUCAAGGGCUGA